UCCUUGGAGUUGUUACCAGAGACUAUAUCCUGCAUUACGCAGCUGGCAGAUGGGAAAUUUUUUGCAAAUCUGAUAAAUAUUUUAAAAAAUCUGGAUGUCCAAGACAGUGACCUAGUCAGUAAUAUCCCUAUACUUGAGACUAUUUUAAAAGAGCAUUUUGCUGGACCUGACUUGGUCAACUUUGAAGAUGUGGCUGGAGGCAACCACUUGGAGCUUACAAAGCUCACUCUUCUGCUCAUGUACAUUAUGAUAUUUAUGGAUGCCAAAUUGAGAAGCAAACUUAUAAGUUCCCCAGUAAUGGAUCAGUCCACACAAGUAAAGUUUAAGUACCUCAUUGAAUCCAUCCAGAGAAGAGGAUCAGGGAUGAGCACAAAGUUCCUAAACAUUCUUUGUACAGAAAGACUUGAUGGCAAAGUGUCGGCACGUUGCCAGACUCCAGUUUUAAACAAUGCUCCAUGGGGCUCUCCAAAUGUCUAUUCCAGCUCCCCAAAGGCAGCACCAACUUCACCAUUGCGAGACUUAGUGCAGAGUCCACCAUUUCGAAUGCAAAAACUUUUAAAUGCCAAAACAAAAGAAGUAAAAAAAUUGCAACAGCAGAUACAUGGUUUGGAAAAUGAGAAACAAGAGGCAGAGGUGAACACAGUCUUGUUGCAUAAAAAGAUAGCCAAGUUGUCUAGUGAUCUUGAAAAGUGUCAGUCUGACGUGAGAGAACAGAAACAGUACAGAGAUGAAUUGGAAGCAAAGCUGAUGGCAGGAGAAGACCUUGUGCAGCAACAGAUGCAUAGGUUAGCAAAAGAGUCUGAACUUCUAAGAACAGAAAAUGCAUCAUUACAAGACACAGUGAAUAAAUUACUGGAGUCAAAUGAUGAGUUGUCCACCAAAAAAGAAUCCUUACACAGACGAUACACGCUUGUCACAGCGGAAAGAGAUCGAUUGGAGGAGGAGAUAUCAACGCUUUCAAGGGCAGGACUGGAAAAUCAAAGCAUAAUAGAAUCCCAGUCAACUCUGCUAAUAGAUCUUAGAAGUCAACUUGAAGAACUGCAGCAGUGUCUUUUAGAGAAUAACAGACCAACCAAUCGUACCAUUGAAGAGUCUUUUGAGGGUGGAUCUCCAAUGAAUUUCUAUGAUGCCACUUCCCCAGCAAAUGCAAGUGGAUCUGGAGGUAAUAUAUCUGGAGAGAACAUGGCUGAUGCAAUUGUAGAUAAGAUCUUGGGUGAGACUCAAGAGCAAUUAGCCAAGCUUCAGACUCAGUAUGCUACCCUGAAGGAGAAAUUAGGGGAAACCACUUACAGUAGAGACCAACUCCUUGCCCAGGUUGAAGCUCUCACAGGUGAAAAUGAUGCCAUAAAUGUUGAACUUGGACAAGUCAAGGGAAAUUAUUCUCAGCUGAUGGUUCAGCAUACAGAGCUUCAAGAGCAAAAUAUGGUAAUAUCUAAUGAACUACAGGAAAAUCAGUCCAAGUUCUUGCAAGUAGAGACUGAGAAACUUGACUUACAGAAAGAUCUUCAAGAAUCACAACUCUCUAUCCUAACAAUGAAGGAACAACUAAACCAAAAAAUAAAGGAAUUGGCUGGACGCUGUUCAGAACUGGAAGAAGUUGAAAGUAAGCUUAAACUUGCCAGCCAGGAAUUGGAAUGCACUUCAGCAAGUUUGAAGGCAGUUACAGAAGCCAAAUGUACUCUGCAAGAAGAAUUUACUAGAACUGUUUCAAGACUGAAUGAGGAUUUCCAAAUGCAAAAAGUUAACCUGACAGAAGAAUACGAGAAGAAGGUUGAAGAACUGAAUAACAACUUAUCCAUUAUAAUGGUUGAAUGGGAAACUCUUUCAAAAGAGAAAACUUUGUUAAAACAAGAACUUCAUAACAAAGAAGAAAGCCAUAUAACUGAAAAGAAUCUGCUUGAGAAAAAGGUUUCAGAAGUUGAGGAAGAGGUUUCAGCUUUAACGAGUGCCUUGGGUGUGAAAGAAAAUGAGCUAAUGGAACAGCUUGCCAACUUCACUAAGCAGAUGGACUCUAUAAAUGCUGAGAAAGUGGUGCAUGAAGGAAAAGUGGCAGAAGUAUGUGCACAAAUAAAUGAAAUGGAAGCACAACAUGCAGCAACUUUGGAUGUCCUAAAAGCAGAAGCAGAGAAACAACAGAAUGAAUUUGAUAAGACAAUCUCUAAUUUACAGGAUAAGAUAAAAGCACUCCACUCAGAGAAUGUGCAGAUUUGCAGUGAAAGAGAUGAGCAGGUAGCAGCAGUCAAGUCACUUACUGUGGAAAUUGAGUCAAAGCAAGAAGCUGUCUUUUCAGUGGAAAAAGAAAAGCAAGAAAUGUGUGAUAUGUUUGAACAAGAAAAGACAGCCAUGUCUUCCAUUAUCAGAGCUCAAGAAGAAGCCCUUGAUACCUUGAAGCAGCAGAUAGAAGCAACAUUAGAGGAAAACAAAAGUGAGAAGGCAGGCCUAGAGGAGAGAAUUCAAGAAAAAGAACUUGCUUUUGCUUCUGUUAGAGAGGAGCUAGAGAAAACAAUUUUGAUGCUCAAAAAUGAAAAGGCGAAACUUGAGCAUGAUAUUCUAGAGAAAAGUAUUUCUAUCACAGAUCAUGAAAAGCAAUUUGAGGAGUUCGUGAAACAUGCAAAUGAGGAGAAAUCUUUAUUACUUGCAAAGAUUCAAGAAAAUGAAACUGCUUUUUCAGCAGCCAAACAAGAAAUGGAGAUGGCUGCUGCAUCCUUGAUCAGUGAGAAAGAUGUGGAGCUGCACAAUAAAGAGAAAGCUCUCAGUGAAAAGGAACACAACUUUAUGCUUAUUUCUGAAGAAAAAACAAGGAUGGCUGAAAUUAUCCAAGCAAAAGAAGAUGCCCUUACUUCCUUACAGAAACAAAUACAGGAAGAAAAGAUGGCUGCAAGCAAUAUUAUUCAAGAAAAGGAGGGCAAUAUUAGUUCACUUCAAAAGGAACUUGAAGAGGCUGCUAAGGCCUUUGGCCAAGAAAAGGCAGCUUUACAUGAAUUGGCCAAGGCAAAGGAAGAGGAGAUAUUAUUACUGCAAGACCAGGUUAAAGAGAUAAAGGAUAAGAUGAACUGCACAAUUCAGGCAAAAGAAGAAGUUAUAUUGUCACAGCAGCAAGAACUGCAACACAGUCUUGAUACCUUUGAAAAAGAAAAAAAGACUAUGCAGGCUGAGAUUAAUGCUAAACAUGAGGCAUUAACCCUGGCUAAACAGCAGAUAGAAGAGGAAAAGGUGUGCAGCAAUAAGGUUGUUGGGGAAAAAGAAGAGGCUUUAACAUCCAAACAGCAAGAAUUACAGUCUAACAUUGAGACCUUUGAAAGAGAGAGAUUGGCUUUGCAAGCAGAAAUUAAAGUUAAGGAAGAGGCUUUAUCACUGACUAAUCAACAGUUACAAGAGGAAAAGAUGUCCUUGGCCAAAGCAAUUGAAGAAAAGGAAGAAACUCUGAAAUCUAAAGAGCAAGAAAUGCAAGAGGCAGUUGAAGUGUACAAUAAAGAGAAAGUAUCCCUACAUGAAGACUUAAAGUUAAAGGAAGAAAUGAUUUCAUCACUACAAAAGAAAUUGCAGGAUGAAGCUUCAGCCCACAGUGAGAUGUCACGCAUGAAGGAAGAAGCCCUGUUUUCUGUGGAGCAGAAAAUGCUAGAAGCUUCAGAUGUCUUUGACAGGGAAAAGGCAACCAUGGGUCAAGAACUGGAGGAUAAACAAAGAAUGCUGAAUCUACUUGAGGAGCAGAAUAAAAAGACUCAAGGAAUAUUGGAAAGUGAGAUGACUGCACACAUGCAAGCUCUUAAAGAAAAGGAAGCUUGUAUAAGCCACCUCAAGGAGAAUAUGAAAAAGGCAGAAGAGGAACAUCAGUCCUGUAUGCAAAAGCUACAGAGUGACCUUGCAGAUGCUUCUGCUGCUAAUGACACCCAACAGAAAAGAAACGAUGAGCUGCUGAAAGAGGUAGAAGUACUAAGAAAUGAGAUCACCACAAAAGAAGUGUUGUUCAAGCAGAAUCUAACAGAAAAACAGGAAGAGACAGUGACUGAGAUUAUGAGUCUAAAAGAAAGUCUUUGUGAAAAGAACAGUGCUUUAGAAAAGGUUCAAAAGGAAAUUGAGGAACAGCAACACAAACACAGUUUAGAGAUUGAUGGAUUACAACAGACACUUAAAGAAAAUGAAGUGAUGAUCAAGUCUCUCAGAGAAGAGAAAUCAGAAGUAGGACAAAGAAUGCUUGAAGAGUUGAGUUCUGUCCAACUUGUAUUGGAUACAGUCAGGAAGGAGAAGGAGGAGGAAAAGCAAAAUAAUGAGAACCAGAUUGCAGCUCUAAACAAUAUGUUAGAAGAGAAAUGUCAAGUUCUAAAGGCUGUAGAAGAAAAACUUGAGAUUUCUCAAUCCCAACAGGAAACUAUGAAAAGUGAUCUUGAGAAGAAUCUAUCUGAGAUCAAGGAAAGUGAGAGUGCUAAGACUGUGGCCAUGAUGUCUCAGUUAGCAGGAAAAUCAGAUGAAGUCUUGUCUCUUAAGCAGGAAUUAGACCAAAUUCAAGAAGAAAAGAGGUCAUUACUGCAAAAUAUCCAGGAGAAAGAAGAUGCUUAUUCUUCAUUAAAGAAUGAAGCAGAUCAAGCAGUGUUGACACUGAAAAAGGAAAUGGAAGAAAAGAUUAAGGAAAAGGAUGAACUAUUAACAACACUACUAGAAGAGAAAGAAAAUCUGGCUGAAGAGCUUUCCAAAGAAAAGAUGUCUUUGACUGAAAUGAUCAGUGAGAAAGAAAAGGUUGUGUCUACACUGCAGCAACAGACACAAGGUUCUACUGAAAUGCAAGAGAAAUUGACAUUGGGGAUUAAGCAGUUGGAAGAUGCUCUCCUUGAAAAGGAUAAGGCCCUAUGUGAACUACAAGCACAGUUAGAGGAGGAACAACAAAAACAUCAGUCUGAAGUCUGCAGUCUCAAGGAAUCUGUAUGUGAAAUAACAAAAAAAGUGGAGUCCCUUGAAAAAGAGAAAUUAACAGUGAAGCAAAGUGUUACAGAAGAGCUGGGGUCACUAAAGAUGGCCCUGGAUACCCAAAAGAAGGAAAAAGAGGAACAAGAACAGAAUUACAAAGAACAUAUAGCAUCACUAAAUACAAUGCUGUCUGAAAAAUCUGUUCUUCUCAAGACCCUACAGCAAGAGCUGGAACAGACUAGCUCAACUUAUGAGUUGCUAAAGGGCAAGAUGGAGAAAGAAAUCUUAGAACUGAAGGAAAAGGAAAAUUUAAGAGUUGCUGAACUGAAGUCACAAUCUGAGGAGAAUUCCAAGAGAAUGCUAGUCAUGAAGCAAGAGUUGGAACUUGUCCGUUCAGCUAGUGAAGAGCAAAAGAAAAAGGAGAAAGAAGAAAUUGCAAUGCGUGAGAAGGUUGCUAGGGAUGCUGCUGUCUCUGAACUAGAAAUUAAGAUUAAAAUCUUGGAAGAUGAAAAGAUAGCAAAGGCCAAAGAACAAGAAAAGUUUGAAGAGCAGAUGAUGACAAGAAUUGCCUUGCUUGAGAAGGAAGUGAAGACCAAAGAAUCCACUCUCCACCUACAAUCCCAAGAGAUUGAGAAGGCCAAAGAAAAAGUGGAGAAGCACAAAGCCCAUGCUUUAUCUUUGGAAGCAAAGUUGAUUGACAAAGAACAGGAAGUCACGGCAACAAAGGAGGAGAUUAUGAGAAUUGAACGUGAAGGUGAAAGAUCAACGAGGAGCUUAACAGAAGAACUACAGGCUGCCAAGGAUAAGUCUCGGGCAGAGAGACAAUCAGUUGUCGAGAAGAUGAAAGCUUCAUACAAGACUGAGGUUGAAAAGCUCAUGAUACAAAUUGAGGAGCAAGAGAAAGUGUUGAAGGAGAAGCACAUCAUCCACCAUAAAUAUGAGCAAGCAAAGAAGAAACUGUCAGAGUAUGAAUGAGAGCUCAAUGAAAACAAAAUGUCUGAAGAACACUAUCAGAAACAGAUGACAAAAUACAAGGACCAUGUCAGCAAACUCAAUGAGAGUCUCCAGAAUGAGAGGAAGAAACAGGCAGAACUUGUUGAGAGAAUAAAAGAACUGGAAGAGCAGAAGUUACCAAUAAAAGAGAAGCUGCACGAAUCUGAG